GUGCCCAUAUUGUUGAGAGCAGGGAAAAGGGUCCGCUGCUUUGCCUCCUGGAGCAGUGCAUACUUUAUUAGACUGACCAUGGACGGAGAAACAUACGCUACCUACACCAGCUCCAGGCGGCCCACUGGGCUGGACCUCUUUGCGUCCAGUGCUAGUAUGGUCACUGGUGCUCUCAGCGGUGGCUACAGCUAUUACACCCUGCCUGGGUUCCGGUUCUUGAACGUAGUGCGAAUAGUUUUUCUAGUGGACAUAAUAUUAGGAUUAACGCUAUGGCUCGUGGAUCUUUCUACAGCGUCUUUUAUUGAUGCCUUCACAAGCUACAGCAUUACAACCUCAUUUCAAGAUCUUGGUCUAAUGACUUUCUUACGCGGAGUUCUACUCUUUAUGUUUUUCACGAGCAUGGAGGAUUAUUACAUGCAAAUCCUGGAUGAUGAACUAAAUGAUGCACUUCACCGAAAGCGCUACGCCAUGCACACUUUUGUUUUUAUCAUAUCCAUUGUCUGUUUGGGGUUUGGGGUUGUCAAAGGGGUAUUAGUGCUCCUUGUCUAUCUGCAGGUUCCAACUAGUCUGACGGAUGUUUCCCCAACAAGCUUUGCCCUCCUGAUAUCUUUUGUAGUUUUCUCCGUGCUGGAGUUUUUGUUUGCUUGCACCAGUUUCUGUUUUAUGCGACGUCUGGCGGACAUGCGUAGGCCAAGGAAUUUUGACUCCACGGGACUGGAGUUAGGGGAGGAUGGCACGCCCAUCCGCACCAAAGGCGACCUGCGCCGUCUGCUUGGCUUGGCAGUGCCUGAUAUUCAUCUCUUGAUAAUAGGUGUUCUGUCCUUGUUUGUGGUAAGCGGCGCCAUGCUGGGAGCACCAUUAAUGUUUGGGAAAGUGGUUAAUGCUGCAUCUGAGCCUUUAAUACCAUCACAGCCAGACCCACUUUUGACAGUAAUAUUUACACUGCUGGGACUGUACAUCGCCAGCGCCCUUGGAACCAUGGUGCGAGGAUGGUGCUUCAACCUCCUUGGAGUGCGCAUUGUAUGCAAACUACGUAAAGAUCUCUUUGCUAACAUCAUCCGUCAAGAAAUAGGCUUCUUUGAUGAGAAUAAGACAGGAGACUUGGCCAACAGACUGGCCACAGAUACACAAGUGGUGCAGGAUGUGAUUACGCGUGGGGUUCGCGAAAUGACCAACAAUUUCAUACAAAUUGUGGGCUCUCUAGUAUUUCUCAUCGUCAUCAAUGCCCUUGCUGUGGGAGUCAUGUUGACCAUUGUGCCUGUUGUAGUUAUCUGCUUCAUUGUAUUUGGAAAAGUAAUGAAAAAAAUGAGACAGCAGUUCCAAGCCGAUCUAGCAGCAGCUGCAAGUCAAGCAGACGAGGCCAUCUCGGGGAUGAAAACUGUGCGAACAUUCAACAGCGAGGCCAAGCUAGAACAUGCGUAUUCUACUACUGUAGACAAAAGUUACGGCAUAGGAAGAACAUUGUCUUUUGUAUCAGGUUGUUUUGAGGGUCUGAUCAGCUUCCUGCUGUAUGGGUCUAUCACGCUGAUGAUGUGGUUCUGUGGCAGCAUGGUGAGAGAUGGCAAACUGAAGGAGGGAGAUCUCACAUCUUUCCUGCUAUACACCCUAACAAUAGCAGUUUACUUUGUUUUAAUGACAUCUGUAUUCGGAGACCUGAUGCAGGGUGUGGGUGCGUCCAUCAAAGUGUUUGAACUACUAGACAGGAGACCAGAGAUUUCUAAUACAGGUGGCAAACAACUUCCUGAACUGCAAGGAGUUGUUGAGUUUAAGCAUGUCCAGUUCCACUACCCCAGUCGUCCAGAUACAAAGAUCCUCAAGGGCGUGUCCUUCACUGCCCAGCCCGGAGAAAUGGUGGCCUUUGUUGGACCUUCUGGGAGCGGAAAGAGUACCAUCAUAAGCCUUAUUGAAAGAUUCUACCUACCAACGAGGGGGAAGAUAUGUUUAGAUGGUUCCAACUUGCGUCAUUUAGACCCUCAGUGGUUCCGUAAGAAGAUCGUUCUCGUCGGCCAGGAACCUACUCUCUUCGCUGGCACCAUAGCAGAGAACAUAGCAUGGGCAUGUGAGGAUGCCACCAUGGCUGACAUUAUUGCUGCUUCAAAACAAGCAAACUCUCAUGAAUUCAUAGAGCGUCUGGAGAAUGGGUAUGAAACGAUGGUGGGAGAAAGAGGUGCUUCUCUCUCAGGAGGGCAGAAACAAAGGAUUGCCAUAGCCAGAGCUUUUAUCUUAAAUCCACUCAUAUUGCUUCUGGAUGAGGCAACAAGUGCUCUCGAUGCGGAAAGUGAGCACCUGGUUCAGGAAGCUAUAGACCGGGCAAUGAAAGGCAGGACGGUAUUGGUUGUGGCCCACAGGCUGUCUACUGUGAGGAAUGCACAUCAGAUUGUAGUUCUAGACCAAGGUCGCGUUGUGGAGAAAGGAAACCACGAUGAACUGUUGGCGAUGGAAGGAGUUUAUAAGAAACUCGUCAUCAGGCAGUUGGCAAGUGCUGAACAGAACUCUUCUUCUAUUGGAAAUGGAGUAAUUAACGCUGAAAGUGAAUCUGAUAGCGAUUGAAACCACGGGAGCAUUUCCCAUGGGACAAAAACAACAUGACAGUUGUCAGAACGUAGCAAAAAUUUACAUUCUUGAACAGAGGUUUUAAAAAUGAGCUGUUGAAUUAUUAAUUACUGAGUGUUUCGUAGUGAUCCUAUAAGGAUUGCACAUUUCCAAAUUGACCACUUGUUUUUGAUACGAAACAAAUUUUCCGUUCAGUGGAUGUCAUAUAGAUGUCAAAAUAUCUAGAAGGGGCCGGGGGUAGGGUCUAGAAAGGGAUGUUAAGUCCUAAGACUGACAUUCACUGGAUGAGUAAUGUGAUAUCGAUUAUUUUAGUUUGAUACUCGUAUAAAUAAGUUAUGCCAAAAAGCAAAUUACUGCGUUUGUUCUGUCCCUCACAGAAAUAAACAUCAAAUUAUUUGCUAUGGAAGACGAAGAAGAAUGUAUUUUCCUGGCGCCAGCGACAACUUUUUGUUCUUGUCGAAUUUUUCAGAUAACUCACACUACUUAUAUUUCAAAGAUCGCUGCCUCUUCUUCUGGAUGCAUAGCCGACAGCUGGGUUACGUGCAUUUCUUUACUUCGCGUGAAAUGUUAUUUGUGAGCAAGGGAAUUAACUUUUACACUUAUAAGGGAGUAACAUAAAUGACGAGUCCAAAAUAUUAAGACGAGAGAUCGAAUUUUGUCUAUCCCACCCUGACCACUGCAAAGGAAUUAUGUUAUAAAAAAGUUCCCUCCACCUGGAUCCGUCGACGCUCAAAUUCAAUGUCAUGAGCAAUGGGCUAAAUCAGAGUAAUCAAAGUAGGCAGAUCUUGGGUAGUUAUAAUGCCUGGUCUACUUAUA